AUGAUUGCUCAUUUUUGUUAUUUACUGCAUCCAUAUCUAGUUAUAUUACCACGUGUUGAAACAACAUUUCUUCCAGUACGGAUUCUAAAAUUUAUUUAUUCAAGUAAAAUAAAAACAAAAAUGAAUCAAUCAACAAAUAUUGAAGCACGUGGAAUCUAUCAUGAUAAUAUAUGUGGUAUAGGUCAAGAAAGAACAUAUAGUCUUGAUUUAUGGACAUUUCCAAUGGAUAAUAAAAUCGAAGAACCAAUAUUUACAUUUGAAGGUGCUGUUAUUCAACAAGUUCAAGGUGCACAUUCUGGUCGAUGGUCAAUGGAACAAAUAAUUUAUGAUAAAUUAAAUCUAACAACUGAUUUACCUGAUAUUGAUCAUAAACCAUAUUUAGAUACAAUUAUAAAAGAUUAUUGUAUGAAAAGAGUAUGGACCGAUUCACCAAUAACAAAAGAUAUAUCACAUUUACUUCCAUCACCCAAAAGUAUUCUUAAUAAUGAACUUAAUUCUAUUAGUAAUCAAGAUUUAAUUGAAUCAAUAGAACCAUUGAAUGAAUUAGCUGUUUAUUAUGCUCAAAUGGUAAUUAAAGAUCUUAAUUUAAAUCAACAACAUCAUCCAUUAUUAAAUGCAUGUCGUUCUCUUGCUUCAACUUUACGUGAACAAGUAACAUGGCAUUCAACACAACUUCGUCUUGUUCAAUUAAUUGAACGUUUUCCUCGUUUAAAACCAUUUUUAGUAAUAUUAAAUAAAUAUGGUUUACAUUCAAAAGAUAUUCUUAGUGGAGAAAAAACUGGAUCAGAUAUAUUUCUUGGUGAUGAUGAAAUUGGACAAAUUUUUCAUUCUAUUUGUCAGCAUUUACAAUUACAAUAUGAACAACAAAUUAAAGACAAUUCAUUUCAGAACUAUCGAUUACGUAUAUUUUGGUUAACUGAUAGUGAUUGUUCAGAUGUUUUACCUAUUCUUGAUCUUCUUCUUAAUUUAUCACAACAAACAGGUUUAUUAAUUGAUUUACAUUAUGCAGAUUCUGAUCCAAUACAACUUGCAAAUGC